AUGUACCGUCCACUCUUUCUGGCAGCUUGUCUGCUCGGCGCCGGGUCUUCAAGUCCUAUUCAUCGUCUCAAACGUGGAACUAACAUCCUCGCAGAAUAUGACUUCAUUAUUGCUGGAGGUGGCACUGCUGGCAUGGUUCUCGCAAAUCGCCUUACGGAGGUGCCUGAGUUUCGGGUACUUGUCAUCGAAGCAGGGCCAGAGCCCACCGUGGUGAUUAAUUACGAAUCGCCAGGCGGUAACCAAUUCCUCGGGGGUACUGCCAUCGACUGGAACUUCUAUACAACUCCACAAACACACCUGGACGACCGAAUUUUGUUCUACCGACGAGGAAAAGCUGUCGGUGGUAGUUCAACUACAAAUGGGCUCUACUAUGGUCGUGGUACCGCCAGUGUGUAUGACCACUGGGUUGAACUCGGCAACCCGGGAUGGGGCUGGGAUGACCUUUAUCCUCUUGCUAUCAAGUCAACACACUUCAACCCGCCGAUUGACGACCCAGACUGGGAUCACUCCUAUACGACGUGGGAGCCCUCCGCGUACAGCGAUGGGCCACUGCAGAUUGGCUAUCAGGGCUAUGUGGCUCCCUCAUGUGUCGGAUUCAUCGAAGCAUGCGAAAUCAUCGACAUUCCCAUUGUCGAAGAGCUGAACGCUGGCAACAACACAGGCGUCAAGCAGGGGACGGGAAACCUCGAUGGCAGACUGCGACGUAGCUCGGCUUUCGACAGCUACUACCAGCAAGCAAAAAGCCGGCCAAAUCUUGACGUUCUGCACGACUCCAAUGUGGAGAAGAUCGUGUUCGACACCACUGGGAAGACGCCGAGAGCGACCGGCUUGCAGUUCACUGACCACCUUACGGGAGAAUUCUUUGUCGUGAGCGCCAGUAAGGAAGUUAUCAUCUCUGGUGGCGCGUUCGCCUCGCCUCAACUACUCAUAAUCUCGGGCGUUGGUCCUCAAGAGCCACUUGACAAAUUCGGCAUCGAGCCCGUCAAGGUGAAUGAGAACGUCGGUCAACAUCUCAACGACCAUCACGUCUUCAGUGUCGUCGCCCUAGCUCAGGAAGACUCUACCAACAGCGUGAUGUAUGCAAACGCCUCUACACAGGAAGCAGCUCGCGAGCAAUACUACAAAGACCUUACCGGACAUUGGACUGCGCCGUCCGGGAUAACGAAUGGCUUCCAGCGUAUGAGCGAACAGAAGCUUCGCGACAUAGGUGCUGGAGCUGUCGUCGAUGCCGGAUUGCUGAAUCAAUCCCAUGUCGAGUUCCUGUACGAGGAUGCAUUCUAUCCAGGCGGUCCAACAUUCUUCGGUGGUGGCGCAGUUCAGACCGAAAGUCAAGCGUACUACCGCCCCAAGUCGAGCGAAUCCUACUUCUCGCUCACAGCGCAGACUUGCGUGGCAUUGAGCCGUGGGAACGUCACAAUUAAGUCCACUUCCAUGUAUGACGACCCUAAUAUCAACCCCAACUACUACGAGCACCCCGCAGACCGUGCGAUUGGCAUAAAUGCGUUCAAAGACCUGCGAAAGCUUCUAUCGCACCCAAAACUGCAGCAAUUCACCAUUGGUCCCAAUAACGGCGAAGUGCUGCCUGGCUUGGAGAACGUUCCUGAGGAUGCCGACGACGACACGAUCUUCGAGUUCAUCAAGGCCAAUACGAUCCCGAACUGGCAUGCCAGCGGCACGUGCCAGAUGCUGCCAGAAGAGGACGGAGGCGUGGUCGAUCCCCGUCUGCGAGUCUACGGGGUUGACAACUUGCGCGUCUGCGAUAUCAGUAUCUUCCCGUUCCUUCCGGAUGUCAACACUGUUGGACCCACGUAUAUGGUUGCCGAGAAGUGCGCCGAGAUCUUCAAGGAAGAUUGGGGAUCCAAGAGUCCGACACCCGCUCCAGCCCCAGCUCCGGCUCCAGGGUCAGGUGGCUCGCCGCCGCCGUCUUCGCAGAAUCCAUAUCCAGCUUCAAGCAGCUCGACGCCGCCUUCGCCGAGCGGGACCUCGUACCAGAACCCAACCUGGGAGGACAUCGUGGCGGCGCGGCAGUCGGAUAAUCCUUGA